AUGGGAUACAUUCGUAAGGGCUCUAUCCCUUCAUUGAUUGCGGGAACUAGUGUUUCCGCGCUGUAUCUCACAGCAGGCUAUUUGCUCAAGAACAACAUGGAAUACGGAAUUCACACCGCCUUGGGUACGUCCACCCUUUUGUUCGUAGCUGGUAUCAACAGAUUGUUGACGGUUAAGGGCGGAAUCAGAAAACCGGUUCCCAUCAUGUUGACUGUGAUUGGUGGUUUCAGUACUUAUUACUACGCUGCCAAGUAUUCUGAGUUCUACAGAUAA